AUGUUGUACAUUGUUAUUGUUGUUGUCAACACGUCUCUGCUUGUGGUUAUCUGUGUGAACAGAAGCUUACAUGAACCUAUGUACCUUUUUCUGUGCAGCCUGUUUGUAAAUGAACUGUUUGGUAGUACAGGGUUGUUUCCAUUCCUUCUGGUUCAGAUCCUCUCUGACGUUCACACUGUUUCUACUUCUUUUUGUUUCCUGCACAUUUUCUGUUUGUAUUCUUAUGUAAAUGUAGAGUUUUGUAAUUUAGCCGUCAUGUCUUAUGACAGAUAUCUUGCUAUCUGUUGUCCUCUGCAAUAUAACUCACGUAUGACAUUUAACAAGGCGGUUGUCUUUAUUAUUGUGUUAUGGUUGUACUCUUUUGUGAAAGUCUUAAUAACUUUAUCCUUAAACAUCCGUUUGACACUGUGUGGAAACAUCAUAAACAGUUUGUAUUGCAGAAACUACCUCGUUGUGAAGUUGGCAUGUUCUGACACUCGGGUCAACAACAUUUAUGGUAUUGUUGGUAUUGUUCUCUCCAUCUUAGUCCCUCUGCUUCCAAUCCUCUUCUCUUACUUUCAGAUCCUUAAAGUGUGUUUCUCUGGUUGUAAGCAGACGCGACAGAAAGCUGUCAGUACCUGCACACCUCACCUCGCUUCUCUGCUCAACUUCUCUUUUGGUUGUUUCUUUGAAAUAGUUCAGAGUAGAUUUGAUAUGAGCAGUGUCCCCAGUGUGCUGCGUAUUAUUCUCUCGCUGUAUUUUCUCAUCAUCCAGCCACUUCUGAAUCCUCUCAUGUAUGGACUGCAAAUGUCCAAAAUACGAAAUACAUGUAAACAUGUCUGUUAUAAAAUGUUGGCUGGUCGCAGAAAUAGAUUAAAUAACUGAAGUGACUAAAGUGUCAGUAAAUGAUUUUUUAUAUCUUGCCUUGAAAAGUGCUGAUUUAAAAACGUGCAACUCAAUGGAAAAAAUGUCACCAUGUUUAUAUUGUUGAUUUAAAAUGUAUUAUAUACAUUCACAUGCAUCCCAAUAGUCAUGAAUCCACAGACAAAUGUCAAAUCUCUGUUCUUGU